GGAGAGAGGGAGGAGAGGCAGGGGAGAGGAAGAAGGGCAGGAGGAGGAGGAUCAAACGGCAGCAGCUGCAGGACCGCCGCUGCCGCAGCCAUGCGGGGCGGGGAGGAGCGCGAGGAUGUGGAGGAGGAGGCGGCGGCGGGGGUCUCUGUGCACGCCGCCUCGUCCAUGAUGCCGGCCGGGCCGAGCCCCUACCAGCCCACCACGGAGCCCGUGCUGCUGCAUCGCCGCGGCUGGGCGCCCGCCUGCGACCGCGCGUACGUUCGCUCGCCGCCCGGCCUCGUCAAGAUCGCGCAGACGUUGCUGGACCUGCUGACGUUCAUCAGUGCCAAGAGCGUGCCGGCGUGCUCGCGCUGCGGGGCGCUCUACCUCGUUGAGGCGGUCAGCUUCCUCUCGCUGCUCCUCACCGGCGCCCUGCUGCUCCUCUUCGCGUUCUCCCUGCACCUGCGCCUGCCGAACUUGAACUGGCCGCUGCUGGACGUGGUGAACACGGCCGUGUGGACCGCGCUGCUCUUCCUGGCCAGCGUGCUGCUCACGGCACUGGGCGAUGGCGGCAGCGGUGCCCACGUGGCGGCCGUGACGCUGGGCUUUCUGGCGCUGGCCGCCUACGCCCUCAACGUGCUGCUCAUCCUGCGGCGGCGACGGCACCAUCGCGGUGGCGGCGCCGCCGCCCUGGGGGUCACGGGGGUCACGGCGCCCGGGGACGGGGCCCCCUCUCCAUCCGCGGGUGACUACACGCGGGCGAGGAGCGACUGCGUGGACGACGCGGAGCGGCCGGGCGUGGCACCGUCGGCGUCAUCGCAGGACUGGGCCGUCGACGAUGAGGAGGUGGCGGCUGCGGUGCCAGUCCCCACUGCACUGAAACUUUAAGAUGACCUCGAAAGAAUUGGGUGGCGCGGGGUACAACCCACUCCACCCGCCCCCACCCCACCCACGCCCCCCCCCCCCCCAUCGCAAAAUUCAGAGGGUGUGGCGUGGGAUGGUGGCAGCACACUGGAGUGACGCGACGAUGAGUAUCCUGCCUCAGGGUUGGGUGUUUUGUCACCCUGGUGACGCGUGUUUUGGGUCGUUUCGGGUCCGUGGGGUCGUUUGCUCGGUUUGGCCGGCCGUCCGAUACUUCCUGGUGAUGCUACUGAUGUGGCCGUACAAUUUCGCCCCAUAUCCCAGCGAUGCCACGAAUUGUCGUGAUUCAGGGCGACGGUUUCGAUUCAGGGUUUCUGAAUUUGGUACGGAUAAAUGUCCACGUUUUCUAACAAUGUGUACAUUCAACCAAUUUGGAUCUCUUCUCACGGACGAUGGGACGUGCGUUUAUUAUUUACGAUUCCUACAAAUCGUACGUGAAUCAGCAAAUUUUAUAUUUAGGCGAAUAGGGCGGAGAAAAUAGACGACAAAUGAGAUAGAACGAGAAGCAAUAGAAAUCAGGCGUUAAGACGCAAAAAUUAUUGGUUCUUGAAUCAAAUUGCAACUGUGAAAUCGUGACAAAUCGUAACAAUCGCUGUGGAAUCGUUUGAGUCUGACUGUGAACAAGAUAAGAGCUUUCUCUGUGGCUUUUAUUUUUUUAUUUUAAAUCGUUUUAAUCACUGCGGGUCAUAUGUUUCAACAAGAGCAUUGUCCACGGAGUGAAUUCAUGAGAAGAGAAAAAUAAGGGAAUGAGGAGGUGACUUGGGGUUAGCGAUAGAGAUGAGAAGAUGUGCGAUGCCGCAUUGGCUCAUACCAAUUCACCUGCACGAUACACGCAGUGGGUCACUUACCUUGGGGAAUGACGCAGCAGUGCUCAAUGAACAGGGCGACCCGAGUUGGUUUCCUGGCCACUGCUGACAUCAGCGGGCGAUUGAUAUUUUUAAACGAAGUCCUUGGGUCCUCCCCUCCUUCACCGACACAUACUGAUCGGCAUGGUGAAGCAUAGUCAAAACAACCCCAGGGUGGUCAUCCUUGUAAAUGAGACUAUCCCUGGUCUCAGGAGUUCGCGCCUGCUCAAACAACAUUGAAUAAAAACCCUCGCAAGCGGCACUGUCUGGGGAUAGCUUCACCCGGUUAGUGGGGCUCCACAAAGGCCCGCUAAACAAAUGUAGAAAUGACAAAUGUCACAUGCAGUGCGUCCGUGUGACCACUUGAUCCGCUUGGUGGCCGUUAAGUUCACCACAGCGCCGUUUAACAGAAACGCAUCAAACGGCCCUUAAUGGAUUCUGCAAUGGGAUCGCAAACUCGAUUCGCGACAAUUGUUCAAACUGUUUCGCCUCUUAUUGACGUGGGAAAAUGGUGGCGUGCGGGUGGCAGCGACGACCUCGUGCUGGAGCUCGCUGAGUGUGCACAACGGUGCACUGCUGAAAGGUCGCAGCGCCCCCCCAACACAGAGCUGACCUGUGUAAUCGCCACCGCCACCAUUGUUUUACUUUGUCACGUGGAAUUAUUUUCUCCGUUGUUUUGCGUUGCCGCGUCGAAUUUUACCUCCGGGUCGUCCCCUUGGGUUUUUCUUUUUUACCCUCCACGUUCAGAAAUGGGCGUGCAUUUCGAUUGCUGAGCUACUGCUGCUAUAUAUUUCCACUUAAUGACAAGUCACUUCGUUGAGCUAUCAUUUGUGAUGGCCACAUCGCUUGUGACAAGAGAAGCUUCGGUGUGCUUCAGCCGGUGGUAAAAUAAUAAUUGUUUAUAGUUUAUUUAAACAUGUGGCGGACAGGCGUAAAUCCUCGGGUAGACGGUGCCAUCUCACCUGGAGUUAGUUUCGUGGCCUCACGCGGCUGUGAUUCUGUUGUGGGCAAGUCGACAACAGUGGUUGUCCUUUGGGAUACUCGGCCCCAUCAGAAGACGCGGAAUUUCCAUCACCUGCUCAGGGCUGCACGCAGGAGAUGAGCACCGCCUCAUUUGAGCAGGAAGCCAGUGGUGUUGGUGGCUCGCUCACCUGGUGAGGCACCGCACGCCAUCACUGACCCCCACCCUUAUGGGGAGCGGUGGCGCAGCGGUUAGCGCGCUGCGCUAUGAACACGGCGACCUGAGUUCUGAUUCCCUAUCGCGACCAAUGACGGUGGCGAAUGUUUGAGCCAGUCCUGGGGGGAGGGGCUCCCUUAGGUCACCUUGGGGGGAGGGGUUCCCUG